UUUGAGAACGAUUUUAGUGGGCAUUUUGUAGCUGAGUUUUAUGGUCGACGAAGAGUUCGCUAAGUUAGUGGUCAAUACAAUUCGCCUGCUCCCGCUGCUCGAAACACCAAUGAACGUGCUAUCAGUUCGAGGCUGUCGCAUAGAUUGGACGCCCUAAUGCUAACACAUGUGUAAACCUAUAUCUAAACCACGUCCGUGUGCCCAGCGUCGUCGAGGAAGGACUUGGCGGAACAGAAUCUGAGCCCAGGACAGCCCAAGUCCACGACCAUAGUCAAGUAUGAGAAGUCCUCGUGCCUCUUCUGCAACGAAUGGUUUGAUGCCCAGACAUUCACGGUUAUACUCGCCACACUUUCCAGUCCUCCUUUGAUUACAAUUACAUUACUCCCUUUGGAUGCGACUGCAGGAACACUUGAUCCACUGCGGCCAGGUGUUGGAGGAGUGUCCGAACGGCUGCCAGGCCUUCAUCCCGCGAAUCCGCAUGCGCUCCCACCUCAAGGAGUGUCCCAGGACCAAUCUGCAGAGCCUCAACGGCCAGAGAAUGAGUGUCAGCAUGGACCGCCUCGAUCGACAGUCCGACCAGCGCCUCCUUGUGAUUGAACAGGACGUGGGCACCAUCCGGUCCGUCCUCAACGAAGAGAUCCGCCAGCGUCUGCACCUCAUCACCGACGUGGGCAACAUCCGCAAGCAGAACCAAGUCGUCGAGGAUUGGACCCGCGACACCGACAAGGCGCUCGACGACCUCCGCCGCCAGAUGGACGAGGAGGCAUCUCAGAGGGCCUUCCUGACCGAACAGAACCAGCUCGAUUUCCAAUACUGCUGCAACGUUACACAGUCCUUAAAGGAGCAAGUCGAGUCAAGACUGGACGAGGCUCAAAAGAUGGUAAACCAGCUCUCAGCGGACGUGACCUUGCACCAGAAUCAGCUUAACGACAACAUCCUCAAGCUGGAGGAGCUGAUCUUUGAGAACGAAAGGCUUAAUAGGGAGAAGUUCUUUCAGAUCGAGGAGUUCCUCCAGCAGAUCAAUGAGGACAUCAAAACAAGGCUGGCCAAUAGUGACUACGUCCUUUCGAAGCAGGCAACACUGGACUACGAGGUCAAGAACGUUAAAAGCAUCGUGUGUGAGACUGAGGAGCGUUGCGACAAAUUGGACCGCGCCUUGCACCAGACCAUGCAAAACCUGUCGGACCUGGAGACCCAAAUGGCCAUGCAGCAGCGCAUUGCUAGCGUGCAGAACAUAAGAGGGCACCUGAUUUGGCGCAUCAAGGACUAUUCCAAGAAACUAGAUGAAUCGAAGCAGUACGACACCAUUCUGCACAGCGCCAUGUUCUCCAACAAAGCAUUUAGCUAUGCCCUUCGGCUGGAUAUAUACUUGAACGGCAAGGGCACCUGGAAGGGGCGUAAUAUGAUCGCCUGCCUCAACGUUUUAUCUGGGGAGUACGAUCCCCUUUUGGCCUGGCCCUGUCGUCUGCAGGCCGAGAUCAUUAUCCGGGAUCAGUGCUCGAAUGCGGCGGAAGCGGAGGACUAUGUUAAAACCAUCUUUGUGCGCAAGAAGAGCGACGACUUUCUGCAGAGCAACCAGUACUUCCAUAUACCCCACAAGGUCAUAACCAGCCGAAACUAUCUCCGCAACGAUUCUAUGUUUAUCGAGGUUCGAGUUCUCAAAUAAUUCACUUUAAACUAGUAACUAGACCAUGGAACCCCAUACCGACAAGGAAAACUUCCGCUGAUGUAUUGCACACAUAUAUAAUAAUUUAUUCAGUUGAGAGCGAACUAGAAGUAAAAAAACAUGCUCACAAACUCGAGUACGUAUAGUGUAUAAUUGAAUACAACGAUUUGGUUCAAUAUGCAUAUAUUUCUGUGUAUGUUUGAGUUGUAAAUGCUUUGAAGUAGACAAUAAAGUUACAUUGAGGCACUCUUGAGACGAAA